AUGGCCAAGCUGGACUACCUGCAAUACAAGCUACACGAAAUGGAGCUGGGGCAGAAGGAACGCGAUGAAGAGUUUGCCGAGAAAUUUACCAAAUUUGAAGGCUCGAUCGAAAACAUUCAGUGGGCCAUCACUCGCCACGAUCAGGAUGCUGGACACAACCUAACCGCACUCCAGGCCCACUCCCGGAAGAUCCUUGCUCAACAAAUAGCGUGUGCCAAUCAUGAAAAGAUGCGGAUGGAAAUCUCACAGUUGACCCAAAAAUUAAACUUAUCUAUUGGUUCCUACUCUAUGCUGUCAACUCGAGCUUUCAGCGUCAAUUCCACCUAUUCAUCAGUGCCCUCUCGUCUGCGAGGAUCGUUUAAAUCGUGUAAAGAAGCUCCUGCAAAUGUUUCUGGAGUCUAUUGGAUCCAAUUGAGUGGAAAUUCAUUCACAUUUGAAGCGUUUUGUGAACAAAAUACUUUUGGUGGCGGAUGGCUGGUUAUUCAGUACCGCUAUGAUGGAUCCCUGGACUUCUACCGGAACUGGACAGAAUAUCAACAAGGCUUUGGAAAUACCAGCAAGGAGUUUUGGAUCGGAUUGGAGAGAUUGUAUCAACUUACAUCGCAAGGGUCGUACGAGCUGUUGGUUGAACUGAAGGCUUUCAAUGGUAGUUAUAGAUAUGCUCAUUAUGAUGAAUUUCAGAUCGGGAGCGAAUCGGAGCAAUAUCCUCUGAAGAAAUUAGGAACUUACAGUGGUACGGCAUCCGACGCUUUGAUCCGGCAUGCUGGGAAGAAAUUUACUACGAAAGACCGAAAUAAUGAAUCUGGAUCAAAUACUGCUGUUCAAUACGAAGGUGCCUGGUGGUAUAGCAGUGGCAGUGAUUCAAACUUGAAUGGAAAAUACAAGAACACAGACGAUAGCAAAUCAAUGUUCUGGUCAAAAGGUCGAACAAACAUCCAAGGGUGGGCAUUUUCAAAAUUGAUGAUUCGCAAAAUUUAA